GAAUAUUGAAUGUCGGCGGCCAUAGUUACGUUCACGGCCAUAACAAAAUUGUCGCGAUAGAGGAAAAAAGGUGUUUUUGCAGAGAUUUUCUAGUGCUUAUAAACCAUGGCAGAUGAUCUUGACGACUUAUUAGAUGAAGUUGAAGACAAGUACUGUGAAAAACAGUCACCAAAAACUAAACCAACGAAGAAAAGCAUUGUCAAAUCCAUUACACAAAGGUCAAAGAAAUGCCAACUUGAUGAUGAUAUAAGUGCAAUUAUUGACGAUGUUGAUGAUGAACCAGAAUCAACGCCAAUUUACUCAGGAAACACAACAAAUGGAUGCAACAGCAAAAGUAGAUCCCCAACAUCAUCACGGAAGUGCUUCCCAGUAUAUCUUGGCGACAGUUCCAGCACCAUGGGUGCAGGCUCUUCUAUUAUGCAGAGAUCAUGCAACCAGUUACGCUGCACCUCCUGUGAUUUUAAAGUUGUAUUUUAUGAUGAUUACAUCUGGCAUAGCACCUGCGAUUAUCUGUUCUUGAGAAAUAAUGUUCCAGAUUUUCAAAAACUGAAAGCCAAACUCAAAAAACAGAAAGGAUCCAGAGCGUAUGCAUGUCAAUGUGCGUGGAGAUCAAUAAAGAGUCUAGUAGAUAUAAAUACUGACCAUGAUUUGCAUUGGGUGUGUGGGAAGCACAGUACAUAACCAAAUGACAAGUAAUAUUGACUGGGAGCUUUCGAAACGAGAGCGCAGAACUAAUUCACUCAUCCCUGACUGGCUUAGCAUGCAUUAUAGUGUAAAAUCAAUUUUAUUUUUUGAUGCCUGUGCAAAUAUGCAAAGACGGAUGCACCAAUGUUUAAUAAAAUGCCGUCCUCAUUCCAGAGCUGAACGUAGAUUCAGCCUACAACUGUUCCAGAUUUCAGUAGAAAACGUAACGCACAACGUUAAGACAUGCACAUUUGAAUUGACAUGGCAUCAUUACAUUCUAAGUCGUCGCAAAUAAAAAAAUUUCUAAUGAUGACCCUCAAAAAUAGGAUAGAUGAUAUCACAAGCUCUGGUUCUGUCCAAACUAUUUAAUUUUCACAUAUGUCACAUAGUCUAAAAAGAGCUUAAGACAAGGAAUAACUUCAUCAACAUUCCCCUGCAAUUCUUCCUGCCACUAUAUUUAGAUGAGUCAAUGUUUUUGUUAAACUGUAUAUAUUUUUUUAUCAUAAAAGUUUUCAUUCAGAGCUAGUGUGCUUGAUGCUGCUCUCACCGUCCAAGUCUUUUGAAAAUUUUUCAAAUUUUCAGGUCUGAAAUUGUUUUCAUCAUUUUUUAAAAAAGCAAUUGGUAGUUGAGAUUUCAAAUACUGAUCGUAUAAAAUGAAAACCAUGAAAUUUAAUGUAAUCGUAUUACAGAUUUUUUAAAUAUAUAGGUACAUAAACUUAAUAAACAAUCAAAUUCAUAAAUAGGUAUGAUAAAUAAGAUAAAAAUAAUUUGUUACUGUUGUUUUUUUUUGUGACAUUUAUGAAAGGACAUUUGUUUAACUUGUAGAUGUAGGUUUAAAAUAUUUAUCAACUUGAGAAUUUGGCAAUGAUUCAAUAUCAGAUGUUCCACCUUAACACUUUUCUAACAUAAUAAUAUUAUUACUAUUAUUAUUAUUAAAUAUUAUUAUUAUUAAAUAUUAUUUUAUGAACUUUAUGUAACUAUAUUUAAAAAACUUUUAUAUGUGAUAACCAAAAAAUUGAAGAUUUAAUGAAAGAUUUUUACUAUGGGGCUCUACUUAAUUUUUACAUUAUAUAAUUUUGACUAAGUAACCGCAUUAAGACCAGUAGUUGCGGCAUACUCACAUAGAAUUGUUUUUCCUAUUGUUAAUAUACAUGAAUUUGAAUGGUGUAUGAAAACCACCUCCCCCAGUUAAACAUUCAGAUUUAAAUGUGAGGUAACAAAUAAUAGUAUGGCACUUAAAAGGUUGUCACUUUAAUAGGUCUUUAGAGUGUACUGUACUUAAUUAAACUAACGAAGUUUAUGUUAUUUUUUUAAUACUUAUUUUAUGUUGUAUGUUAAGUACAUUUGAUCACCUAAUACUUAAUAGUGGUAUCCAUGCAAAUGUACAAGUUUCACAGUUAUAUAGUAGUAUAUUUGCAUUAUGUUUUUAUUUUUAUUAUUGUUAAUAUAAUUUUAUUAUUAUUCUCCAUGUCAGCCAAUGUAUUAACCCCUUAUUAUUAAUUAUUCACAUAAUUAUAUCAUGGAACUAUUAAUAAGGUCCAUGAUUAUAUUUUCGCACUAGCAAUCUCCAAAUAAGUAAUAAUUGCGUACUUUGACAUACCAUAUGUAUUGUAAAAUUCCAUUACCUUUGCUAACUAGCAUUCCAAGUAAGAUAACUGAGUGUACUGUAAGUCACAACUUGAAUGUUAAUAAAGUGUGCUACAUAGUAAGCCAAACUAUAUAAAAGUUAUUAUAACAAUAGUAAGAAAAGUAUCAACUAAUAUUAUUAAUAUUGCUAUUCCUAUUGUUACUCUAACCCAACCAUGAUUAAUGAUAUUUUAUUUUAGAUAGUAAUUGUUAUAGAAAGUGAAUAACAGAAUCAUACUAUAUGUUGUACUCAUAGUUAUGUAUCUUGCAAUGACAAUUUUCAUGAAGCCCAAUUUAUAAUUCUUCAUGGCAAAGAAAUGUAUGCAUUGAUUUUAUAUAGAAAAUGUUUGCAUUUAAUAUCUAGCACUAUUAAUAAUAAGAAUACCACAUCAUUCUGAUCUCAUAGCAUAUCAUUGCCAAAUUAUAGGUUUGCUAUUAUACUGCAAUAUUAUUGCACAAUAUUAAUAAACUGUAUGUAAUAUUAAUUAUAAGAUUUUUUUUUAAUUAUGCAAUAUGCACUGUCUAUCACCUUGAGCUUAAAUAAAUGGAGGGUAGCACCUCAAAAUGUAAACUAUAA